ACAAGGCUUCAGUGCUGUCUGCUCUGUAGCUGGAGAAGCAGCACCGUGAUUUAUAGUCUUUGGAGAUAUUUUGGUGCAUCCAAGAUCAACUUUCUGCUUGAGUCGCACUAGACAAGUAGAGAGAAAUCAGUAGAUAUUCUGACAGUUUGCAGAAUGGAAAUAAACUGUGUUUGCUCAGGUGGAAAAGGGAUGGACUCGAAGGUGCAGCAGAAGGAGUAAAAGGCCACAGCGAGGCUGUCUCAGGUGGGAGAGAGGGAGCGAGGAGGUGACAGGGAGGCAGACAAGAGGUGAGGAGUGACAGAAACACCUGGGGGGGAAGUGCGGCACAUCCAGGCUCUUCUCUUCUGCGUGUCACCUGACUGUGAAUGAUGCAAUAAAAAUGCACUGUCUCUUACAGUCAGGCAUCAACCAGACGAGGUAGAAUCUUAAAUAUUCCAGCAGCUUUUGGAAAUUUGCUGUCUAGUUUGUCUUGGUAGCUUCAUUCACCCUCUUGUGAGUUUGGUUAAACCACAGCUGCACCGAUCCUCUCAUAUAAUGGCAGGUCCCAGCUGUCUGAAGGAGAUCAAAGAUGGAAGAGAGAAGCCUGGCUGCCUCCAACCUGGAAAUUCAACGCAGUCCAUUGAUGUGGCUGCAGCGUCCGUGGGCCUUGGGGGUAUUUAAUAGCAAAUGUUGCACGCAGGACGUUGUUCACUUUCCAGGCUUUAUCUGCAAGGUCACUGUUUGUGUGACUGCAGCGAUUCCACGGCGGAUCCCACUGUCAAGGAACAGCAGCGCAUCCCUUCGGAACGUUCUCCGGGCACUUGGGAAUGUGCAGGCAACUAGGUGUGGAGGUUCUGCACAGUGAAGUUCUUCUCUGAGCAGCCCCUUUUCUCAAGGAAGCUCCAAGAAAGCAGUUUUUUCUGGAAGCUGCCCCGUGGUGGAGUUGUGCCUUCUGGGUCAGAGAUGAAAGGAGCUGGCCUGUAACCUUGUGAAACCGAAACCCUUUUUUCCGAAGGACUCUUAAAUCCCAGGAGAAUCCCAUUAAACAUCUGUUCUGGCUACACAAGGCAUGGUAAUGGGUGGCUUCAGUGAUACUGUGUUUAGAGGUGGCUCCUCGAUUAACUGCAAUUCCUGGUCCACCUGGGGACACCUUUUAAUGGAAGCAGGGUUGUCUCUUGUCCUGUGUUUUCAUCCAGCACCUUGCACAGUAGAGGCACCGUCUGGGCUUGCAGUUUUCACCUCAGUGCUGAUUUUGAGGAUGGAGAAUCACCUAUUACCUUUCUCAGCUCAAGGAAAGGACAUGAAAUGAGCCAAGAGCAUUGUGGAGUCAAGAGGUGCAGAAGUGCUGCCAAGCAGUGGCUCCCACCGUGUUGGGAAUGGUGAAUUCCAAAGAAAUGGCUCUGUGGUGCAGCUGGCACAGGCUGCAGCAGCAAGGUCACCCACAGAAAGGAGCCAGGCAGCAGAGGAUGAACUUCCCAUUUGAAGCUGAAUGCUACACUUGUGUUUUGGACCUUCUGAAUUUGUCCUGCAGUCAGAACCUGCUGCACAGAUUGGGAGGCUGAGGGGAAGCUAAGAUUCCCAAUUAAAAUUGGAACUGUAAGGAACAGCAAGCAGCUCUGUUGAAUGGAUUCCUCCAUGAGGUUAUUGUGCAGGUCAGGAGGUUAGCUCACUUUUGUCUUUUUACUCAACUGCUGCAGAAGAAAUCCUCUGUGUGUUCUCCUGCAUUGUAAGGGCUGGUAAGAAAGAGAAGCCGAAGUCAUCCAUUAAUCCCCAGGCCAAGUCCUAUUGAAGCAGCUGCAGUGAAAGCUCUCACACGCUGCCCUGGAAAUAACCCCGGCUGUGACGUGGCGAGAUGACCCUAGAAUUCCGAAAAAGCAGGCCGAGGCCGUACGGUUUGGUGAUUCCCAUUAGCACCAAUGCAGACGGAAGCUACAGCUCCAACAUCCUCUCUGCGAGUCACCAACGGCGAGCGCCGCGGGAGGUGUCCCAGAGCCCCAGACAGCUCUACUUCAACGUCACUGCCUUCGGCAGGGAAUUCCACCUCCGGCUGAAGCCCAACACUCGCCUGCUGGCUCCCGAGGCCGUGGUGGAGUGGUACGAAGACUCUGUGCAAACUGGGAGCGAUGGUGGGAACGCGAGUCACGCUGGGACUGCUACGGAGCGCUUGUGGAAGAGGGAGCCCCUGUGGACCAACUGCGCCUACGUGGGGGACAUCACGGACAUCCCCGGAGCUGCGGUGGCCAUCAGCAACUGUGACGGGCUGGCUGGAAUGAUAAGAACUGAUGAGGAUGAAUACUUCAUUGAGCCCUUGGAAAGAGGAAAGCAAAUGGAAGAGGAGAAGGGAAGGAUCCACAUGGUGUACCGGCGGUCGGCGGUAGCGCAGCAUCCGCCUGACACGCUCCCCGACGUCCACACAGAAGGGUCCCUCCUGGGGGCACUGAGUUCCCUGCACGGCCACGUGGAGCAGCAGCUGAACGAGACCCUGCGGCGCCGCCGGCACGCGGGAGACGACGACCACAACAUCGAGGUGCUGCUCGGGGUGGACGACUCCGUCGUCAGAUUCCAUGGCAAAGAACACGUCCAAAACUACCUCCUCACCCUCAUGAACAUCGUGAAUGAGAUUUACCACGACGAGUCCCUGGGCGUUCACAUCAACGUCGUGCUGGUCCGAAUGAUCAUGUUGGGGUACGCAAAGUCCAUCAGCCUGAUCGAAAGGGGGAACCCCUCCCGCAGCCUGGAGAACGUGUGCCGCUGGGCCUAUCAGCAGCAGAAGGCGGACCCCGGCCACGCCGAGCACCACGACCAUGCCAUCUUCUUAACCAGGCAAGAUUUUGGGCCCGCUGGUAUGCAAGGAUACGCUCCUGUGACGGGCAUGUGCCACCCGGUCCGGAGCUGCACCCUCAACCACGAGGACGGGUUUUCGUCAGCCUUUGUUGUUGCUCAUGAGACUGGGCACGUGCUGGGCAUGGAGCACGACGGGCAAGGGAACAGAUGUGGGGACGAGACGGCGAUGGGCAGUGUCAUGGCCCCCUUGGUGCAGGCCGCCUUCCACCGCUACCACUGGUCCCGCUGCAGCGGCCAGGAGCUCAGGAGAUACAUCCACUCUUAUGACUGUCUGCUCGACGACCCUUUUGAGCACGACUGGCCCAAGCUUCCUGAGCUGCCAGGCAUCAACUAUUCCAUGGACGAGCAGUGCCGCUUCGACUUCGGCGUGGGCUACAGGAUGUGCACAGCGUUCCGAACCUUUGAUCCGUGCAAACAGCUGUGGUGCAGCCACCCCGACAACCCCUAUUUCUGCAAGACCAAGAAAGGACCUCCCCUCGACGGCACGGAAUGUGCCCCUGGAAAAUGGUGCUACAAAGGUCACUGCAUGUGGAAGAACACCAACCAGCUGAAGCAGGAUGGACACUGGGGACCCUGGACCAAGUUUGGCUCCUGCUCCCGGACCUGUGGAACUGGGGUUCGCUUCCGCACGCGCCAGUGCAACAACCCAAUGCCCAUCAACGGAGGUGACGACUGCGCCGGGGUCAAUUUUGAGUUCCAGCUGUGCAGCACCGAGGAGUGUCCGAAGCACUUUGAGGACUUCAGGGCACAGCAGUGCCAGCAGCGCAAUUCCCACCUGGAGUUCCGGGGCAGCCGGCACCACUGGCUGCCCUACGAGCACCCCGACCCUCCCAAGAGAUGUCACCUGUACUGCCAGUCCAGGGAAACCGGGGAUGUGGCUCACAUGAAGCAGCCGGUGCAUGAUGGGACUCGCUGUUCCUACAAGGAUCCCUACAGCAUCUGUGUCCGUGGGGAAUGUGUGAAAGUGGGCUGUGACAAGGAAAUUGGCUCCAGCAAGGCCGAGGAUCAGUGCGGGGUCUGCGGCGGGGAUGACUCCCACUGCCGGACCGUGAAGGGGACCUUCACCCGCACCCCCAAAAAGCUCGGGUACCUUAAGAUGUUUGAUAUCCCUCCUGGGGCUCGACAUGUGUUUAUCCAAGAAGACGAGGCUUCUCCUCACUUCCUUGCAAUCAAGAACCAGGCUACAGGACACUAUAUCCUGAACGGGAAAGGGGAGGAGGCCAGAUCCCGAUCCUUCAUCGACCUGGGCGUGCAGUGGGAAUACAGCAUCGAGGACGACAUCGAAACGCUGCACACGGACGGGCCUCUGCACGACGCCGUGGUGGUGCUGAUCAUUCCUCGGGAGAACGACACCAGAUCCAGCCUGACUUACAAAUACAUCAUCCACGAGGAUUCGGUGCCGACCAUCCACAGCAACAACGUGCUGCGGGAGGACACAGACACCUUUGAGUGGGCCUUGAAGAGCUGGUCCCAGUGCUCCAAACCCUGUGGUGGAGGGUUCCAGUACACCAAAUACGGGUGCCGCAGGAAGAGUGACAACAAGAUGGUUCAUCGCAGCUUCUGUGAAGGCAGCAAAAAGCCAAAGCCCAUCCGUAGGAUGUGCAACCUGCAGGAGUGCACGGAGCCCCUCUGGGCAGCAGAUGAGUGGGAACACUGCACCAAAACCUGUGGGAAUUCUGGUUACCAGCUGCGCACGGUGCGCUGCAUCCAGCCUCUUCCCGACGGCACCAACCGCUCCGUCCAUGCCAAGUUCUGCAGCGGGGAUCGCCCUGAGAGCCGCCGGUCCUGCAACCGGGCACCGUGUCCUGCGCCUUGGAAAGCUGGACCUUGGUCCCAGUGCUCAGUGACCUGCGGGGAGGGGACCGAGAGCCGGCAGGUCCUGUGCCGUGCUGGGGACCGGUGCGACGGGGAGCGGCCCGAGUCCGUGAGGGUUUGCCAGCUCGCUCCCUGUGACGACGAGCCCUGCCUGGGAGACAAAUCCAUCUUCUGCCAGAUGGAAGUGCUGGCCCGGUACUGCUCCAUCCCUGGCUACCACAAGCUGUGCUGUGAAUCCUGCGGGCAGCGCAGCAGCACCUUCCCACCUCCUGGAGCUGCCGGGACCGAGAGGGACACACCGUUGGAUCCGGGCAGCCUGCCGAGGGCUCCACCAGUGCCCACCCCUGCGGUGCCCCCCCGGGCUCAGCUCCUGCCCAGGAGCAGUUCCCUGGGCCGGCUGCCUCCGGCGACAGAGGAGGCUGAGUGGCACAUCCCACCCUCCAGCCCCGAGCCUAAAGGCACCGGUGUUCCACACCGGAGAGCUCCUCUGGCUGGGAAGACUUCCCGGCUCUUGGCUUUGCUGCACCAGGCCCCUGCCAACAGUAGCAGCCUUGGUCCUCGAAGGGCUCUGCCUCCAGUGCCAGUGGAGAACAUGGCAGCAGGGGCUCCUGCACCAGCCAGGACCUCCGGGAACAGCGAGGAGCACCUUGGGAAGCGAUGGCCUCCAAGGGCCGGUCCUGUGGAUCGAUGAACGGGAAGGCUUUUGGAGGACAGCCAUGGAAACGGGGCUUUGUUGGGCACUCCGGGGGGGAUUCCCUGAGCUCUGGAUACCUGGAGUGCACUGUGUGCCCUGGGCAGGACACUGCAGGGCACAGCUCGUCCCCUGGAUAUACAAAGGACAAGAAGUGCUGGUUCACUUUCUGUUGCUCCGGCCUCCUCCUGCCCUGUGUUCCCUUCCCAGCUGGGAUGCACAGAGGAAACCCAAAUAACAUUCCUGGCAGGGAGUAGGAGUCGCUGAGGGCUCCGUCCAGUCUGGGCCCAAAGGCAGCCCUGACCUCACCCUCCCCCAUGAUUUUGGGUUCCAAACACUCACCUGGAGGAAACACCCCACUGCAGGCGGGACCAGACAGCAACACUUGACAAAACACCUUUGCCAUGGACCAAGGGAGCCCUCAGGACUUGUUUGGCUCAUCUAUCCCUGGAAAGGGAUGUUGCACAAGCACCUUUGCAGCCAUUGAGUAAAUCCUGGACAGGGCAGGAAAUCAGGGUUAUCAUAAGAGUUUUGUGCUGUCACACAACUGUUUACCUGUGUUGUUCUGCUCCAUGGACAUUCCAAGGGGCUGGUGUUUAAAGCAGCAUUAGCAUAAAAGGAGGGGUUUCAUUUGCAUAGGACAUAAACUGCUGGCACAAGGGGCUUGGGGGGUUUGGGGCAUCAUCAGUGCGAUGCUUGAUUUUGAAAUACGGAAACCCUGUAGAUACUGCGAGUGCUGUCCUGGUCCCAGGCCAAAGGGGUUCCCAGCUGCUCCCCACGUCCGUGCUGAACCAGCACCCAGAGGCAGAACAGGCACCGCCGAGACUUCAAAGAGAGGAUUUUUUUCCUGACAGGAAGCAUGGAUUUCAAGGCCUGAGAGAUGUUUCUUUCCAGCAUGGUUCACCUCCAAACCUCCCCGAGCACGGCGCAUCCGACUGCAAUCAUUAAUUUAUGCCAAUCCCCACCUUGUCUCAGCCCCACCGGCCACGCUCCCUCCGGCCCAUUGCUGUAAAGGACUUGUAUAGGGGAGUGAGAGCUACAGAUAUUUAUUAAAAAGUGGAUUUCUUGACAGUAUUUUAUGUACUAAAUAUUUACGCCGAGGGCAGGUGACUCUUUUUUUUGCCAAGAUCAAAUCCAGAGAUGGAAUUAGAUGCUGUGUUGUAGGGACAGAAUGGAAAUUUAAGCUACUAAACUGCUGUAGAGAAAUGGUUGAUUUGUAUUCUUUAAAAAGAUGACAGGGUUUUGUCACAGGCCUCUCAUUUCUCAGUGGGCUAUUAAAGUUUCACAUGCAAUUGCUGCCCCCCUGUAAGGAAUUCCCAGGACCGACCCAUUUAAUGCUGUGAAGUGAUUGGGGCCCCGAAGAUCCAAUUCUGGCAACAUCCUGGUGCCCCUGUGGGGUCCCUCAGAGGAAAGAAGAGUGGCAGUGGCUCAGCAGAGGUUUCCAGCCCCCAGUGCAGAUAAUCCUUGGACCUUUGGAUUUCCUUUCUUCCAAGCUCAUUGCUCUGUCUGUCAGGUGUCCACUCCUGAUGCUGUGUGUGUAUUGGGGAGCACAUGACAAUAAAACCUUCAACAUCCCAA